UCCUGCAGACUCUGCAGAGGAUCAGAGGGUCUCCGGGUUUGUUCUUGUCCGUGAGGAUCCUCUCUGCCCUCUGAGGUUUGACUCCUUUUUUCCUUGUCUUGUUUUAAAGUGGUUUGAUUUUGGAGGAGCUGGUGUUCGGGGUUUGAUUUUGGAGGCGUGAGUGCUCGGGAUGAUGAGGAUGUUGCUGCAGAUCUCGGUCCUGAUCGCUCUCCAGGUGUUCACAUGUGCUCAGCAGGACGGGCCUUCAGUAGGCGGGGCUCAGGUGGACGUCAGCCUACCUGAGCUCAGUGACGUCUGCACUGAAGGCAGCUGUUACCCAGCAACAGGAGACCUCCUGAUUGGACGAGCCCAUCAGCUGUCGUCCACCUCCACCUGUGGACUGACCCGACCGGAGCCGUUCUGCAUCGUCAGCCACCUGCAGGAGGAGAAGAAGUGUUUCGUCUGUGACUCUGCUGAGCCGUACGAUGAGUUGAGCGAUCUGACCAACAAUCAUCGUAUCGAGAAUGUCGUCACCACGUUCGCUCCAAACAGACUGAAGACCUGGUGGCAGUCUGAGAAUGGUCUGGAGAACGUCACCAUCCAGCUGAACCUGGAGGCAGAGUUUCACUUCACCCACCUCAUCAUGACCUUUAAGACCUUCAGGCCGGCGGCCAUGGUGAUCGAGCGGUCAGCUGACUUCGGGAAGACGUGGCAGGUUUAUCGCUACUUUGCGUACGACUGCGAGUCGUCGUUCCCCGCUGUUUCCCAGGGUCCCAUGCAGAAGGUUGAUGAUGUCAUCUGUGACUCUCGCUACUCCGACAUCGAGCCGUCAACUGAAGGAGAGGUGAUUUUCAGAGUCCUGGACCCGGCCUUCAGGAUCCAUGAUCCCUACAGCCCCAGGAUCCAGAACAUGCUGAAGAUCACCAACCUGAGGGUCAAGUUCACCAAACUGCACACGCUGGGAGACAACCUGCUGGACUCCCGCAUGGAGAUCAAAGAGAAGUACUACUACGCCAUCUACGACAUGGUGGUCCGCGGGAACUGCUUCUGCUACGGACACGCCUCCGAGUGCGCCCCCAUCCAGGGGGCGGGGCAGGCCAGAGAGGGCAUGGUCCACGGCCACUGCAUGUGUAACCACAACACCAAAGGGCUGAACUGUGAGCAGUGUCAGGACUUCCACCAUGACCUUCCCUGGAGACCGGCCGAGGGACGAAACACCAACGCCUGCAAGAAGUGCAACUGUAACCAUCACGCUGACUCGUGCCACUUUGACAUGGCGGUGUUCGUGGCCUCAGGGAACGUCAGCGGGGGCGUCUGUGAAAACUGUCAGCACAACACGGCGGGACAUCACUGUGAGCAGUGCAAACCCUUCUACUACCAGCACCCCGACAGGUCGGUCCGGGACCCCAACGUGUGCCAGCCCUGUAACUGUGACCCUGUGGGCUCUCUGAAUGGAGGAAUCUGUGACGGGAUGACGGACGUCCGGGCCGGUCUGAUCGCCGGUCAGUGUCGCUGUAAAAUCAACGUGGAAGGAGAACGCUGCGAACGCUGCAAAGAGGCGCACUACGGUCUGAGCGAUGACCCUGAAGGCUGCAAGGCGUGUACCUGCAGCCCGCUGGGAACGCUUCCUGGAGGAAACCCCUGUGACAGUGAAACAGGAAGUUGUUUCUGUAAACGUCUGGUGACUGGACGAGACUGUGACCAGUGUGUGGCCGAGCACUGGGGUCUCAGCAACGACAUGGACGGCUGUAGACCAUGUGACUGUGACCUGGGAGGAGCCAUCAACAACCAGUGUGACCAGGUGAGCGGUCAGUGCGUGUGCAGAGAUCACAUGUUCGGUCGGCGCUGUGAUCAGGUGGAGUCUGGGUUCUACUUCAUCGCUCUCGAUCACUACACCUACGAGGCCGAGGACGCCAACUUUGGACCGGGAGUGACACUCGUCCAGAGGCCACACCCCCUGGACCGCAGUCCCACCUGGACAGGUAGGGGCCUCGUCAACGUCCCUGAAGGCGCCUACCUGGAGUUCUCUGUGGACAACGUCCCGCACUCCAUGGAGUAUGACAUCAUCAUCCGUUACGAGCCACAGCUGCCUGACCAAUGGGAGGAGGUUCUGAUGAUGGUGAUAAGACCUGGACCAAUCAAAGCAGACAGUCGCUGUGUCAACACGGUUCCUGACGAGGACAACCAGAUGAUCUCUCUGCACCCCGGCUCACGGUAUGUGGUUCUACCCAGACCCGUCUGCUUUGAGACCGGUCUGAACUACACGGUCCGCCUCAGCCUGCCGCUGUACUCGCCACUCAGCGAUGUCCAGUCUCCGUACACGCUCAUCGACUCGAUCGUCCUGAUGCCUCACUGUAAGAACCUGGAGAUCUUCUCGUCCUCAGAGGGCGGAGACUCCAACAGCUGGGACACCUUCCAGCGCUAUCGAUGUCUGGAGAACAGCAUGGGCGUCAUCAAGGCCCCCAUGACCGAGAUCUGCAGGAACUACAUCUUCAGCAUCUCUGCCAUGUUACACCAGGGAGCCAAAGAAUGCCAGUGUGACCCUCAGGGCUCCCUCAGCGGCGUGUGUGACCCCAGCGGAGGUCAGUGCCAGUGUCGCCCCCAUGUGGUUGGAAGGAACUGUGACGGAUGUGCUCCGGCCACGUUCCAGUUUGGACCCAACGGCUGCAGAGUGUGUGACUGCGACCCUCAGGGCUCACAGAGCUCAUUCUGCGAUCAGCUGACCGGUCAGUGCGUCUGUGUUCCCGGAGCGUACGGCCGUCAGUGUGACCGCUGUCUGCCCGGGUACUGGGGAUUCCCCGCCUGUCGACCCUGCACCUGUAACGGACAUGCCGACACCUGUGACCCCAACACCGGGCACUGCAUUGACUGCAGGGACCAAACCACUGGACACAGCUGUGACAGGUGCCUGGAUGGUUACUAUGGAGACCCAGUGCUGGGGUCAGGUGACCACUGUCGUCCCUGCAGGUGCCCUGACGGCCCGGGCAGCCUGCGGCAGUUUGCAGGAAGUUGUUACCGUGGCGACGACUCUCAGCAAGUCAUUUGUGUGUGCAACACCGGGUACAAAGGUGCUCGCUGUGACGAGUGCUCACCUGGUUACUACGGUAACCCAGAGGAGGCGGGGGGCCGGUGCCAGCCUUGUCUGUGCAAUAACAACAUCGAUGUGACCGACCCCGAGUCCUGCGACGCCCAGACCGGAGAGUGUCUGCGCUGUCUGUACCACAGCGAGGGUGUGGCCUGUGAGAGCUGCAAGCUGGGUUACUAUGGCAACGCCCUGCUGCAGGACUGCAGGAAGUGCAUCUGUAACCGUCUGGGCACCGAGCCGUCCAGCUGUCCGGCGCCUGGCGACUGUCACUGCGUGCGCAGCAGCGGUCAGUGUCGCUGCCUCCCCAAUGUCAUCGGACAACACUGCGACCGCUGCGCCCCCGACACCUGGAACAUGGCGAGCGGCAGCGGCUGUCAGAGCUGUGACUGUGACCUUAAGCACUCUUAUGGCUCUUCCUGUAACGAGAUCAGCGGCCAGUGUUCCUGUCAGCCCGGCUUCGGAGGAAGAACCUGCAGCGAGUGUCGAGAGCUGUUCUGGGGCAACCCGGAGGUCAAAUGUCACGCCUGUGACUGCGACCCUCGGGGGAUCUCUCAGCCUCAGUGUAACAAAGGAAACGGUCACUGCGUCUGCGUCGAAGGCGUCUCCGGUCCUCGCUGUGACGUCUGCGCCCGUGGAUGGUCCGGAACCUUCCCCGACUGUCAGCGCUGCCACCAGUGCUUCUCUGAGUGGGACCAGAUCAUUGGUCAGCUGACCAAUCAGACGCACCGCCUCGUCAACAAGGUCAACGCCCUCAAAUCCAGCGGCGUCAGUGGGCCGUACAGGAAGUCCAUCGACAGCAUGGAGAGGAGCGUUGCCGAUAUCCAGCUCCUCCUGAGCCAGAACCCCGCCUCCCAACCGCUGACCGAGGUCCAGGAGCUGCUGCAGCAGACAAGUGACCUGAUGAGGACCCUGAGCCAGACAUUGAACCACACAGAGCAGACUCUGGCCCAGGUGGACGACUCGGAAUCGGCUGCAGAAACCAAACUGGACUCGGUGAUGUUGGAUGCUCAGAAACUGGAGCGGACUGUGAGGGAGCUGCUGGACCAGGUGGAGUUCAUCAAGAACUCUGACAUCAGAGGGGCGACCGACAGCGUCACUAAGUACUUCCUGCAGUCGCAGACAGCUGAAGGCCGUGCUAACGCCUCCACCGUCGACCCCGACAGCCUCGUGGAAACUUCACGAGCUCUACGGCAGCUCACAGAGGACAAAAUGAACCAGACCAAAGAGCAGUUUCAGGAGAGACACACUGAGCAUGCUCAGAGAUUGGAUGACCUCGCUGGACAGCUGCAGACCCUCGACCUUUCAGAGCUCAGCCACAAGACCUGUGGUCGCCCGUCAUCGGGUCAGGAAUCUUGCGGCUCCUCGUCCUGCGGAGGUCUCGGCUGCCUGGACUCGGACGGCCGGUCUCGGUGUGGAGGCGAUGGGUGUGACGGCGUGGUGACGGCGGCCAGCAGAGCCUGGACCAGCGCCAAAGACUCUGAGCAGAAGAUCCUGGACGCCAUGGAAGAAGUGGAGAAGCUCUCUAAAAUGGUGUCAGAGGCCAAAGUGAGAGCGGACGAGGCCAAGCUGAGCGCCCAGGACGUCCUGAUGAAGACCAACAGAACCAAACAGAGGGUGGAGCAGAGCAACGAGGAGCUGAGGGAGCUCAUCAGACAGAUCAGAGACUUCCUCACACAGGACGCCGCCGACCUGGAGAGCAUCGAGCUGGUGGCUAACGAGGUUCUGGCCAUGCAGAUGCCGACCACGCCGGCUCAGAUGCAGAACCUGACCAACGAGAUCCGCCAGAAGGUGGGGGAGCUGGGACACGUGGAGACCAUCCUGCGGCAGAGCGCCAACGACAUCCGGAGAGCCGAGAACCUGCUGGACCAGGCCCGCCAAGCCAGCGAGGAGGCGUCCAACGUGAAGGACUCUGCCGAGGCGGUCAGACGAGCUCUGGAAGAGGCAGGGCGGGCCCAGACCGCCGCCAGCAACGCCAUCCAGCAGGCCGCCGCCGACAUCCAGAACACCAACAAACUGCUGUCAACGGUGGAGUCGGAGACGGCAGAUGCAGAGCUGAAGCUGAAUAACGCCACCCAGAGGCUGCAGAGGUUAGAGCAGGACGUGACGCUGCUGAAGGACAAAGCUCUGAACGUCAGUCUGAGCACAGAACGGACCAAUCAGGACGCUGCGAUCAUCGGAAACAUGGCAGAGGAGGUUAAGAAGGAGCUGGACUCUGAGCUGAAGGAGAAAUACGCCACAGCAGAGGAGCUGAUUGGUCAGAAGGCAGGGGGCGUGGCUGAAGCAAAGAAGAGGGCGGAGUCACUGCAGCAGGAAGCCAAAGAGCUUCUUCUGAAAGCCAGCAGCAAACUCCAGCUGCUGAAAGAUCUGGAGAAGUCGUAUGAAGAUAACCAGCGCUCUCUGGAGGUGAAGGCGGAGCAGCUGGUGGAGCUGGAGGCCGCCGUGAAGCAGCUGCUGACCGACAUCAGCCUCAAGGUCACGGUCUACAGCACCUGUGUCUUCUAGGGUCAAAGGUCACCAACACAGGGUCACCUGUUAAACAUCCAUGUUUUUAUAAAUGUUGAAUCAGAGCGGGAGGAACAAUCAUGAGGGAACGUUUGACACCAAAGAUUUUCACUUUUAAAUGUCAGCUCAUUUAUAGACGGACCUUUUUACAGAGGGUCCCUGAAGGCAUCGUUAGCGGCCUCUCUAACCAGAAUAAAAGUAAAGGAGGCCAGUAUCAAAUAAAAAGGGACGCCACAGACUGGAACGUUCAACCACCUCUCCACCUGUCAGUUAGAGAUCACAGGGAGGCUGGAGCCAAUCACAGUGGUCGCUAGGCCAGAGGCGGGAUUUCACCAUGGACUGGUCUCCAGCCAAUCACAGAGCUGACAUUUAGAGAUGACAAACAUCUAGAUUUAGAGCGACAGUGAAGCUGAUGAAUGUAAACAUGGAGGAUUUAGUCCCAGAAUGUCUGAACCAUGUGACUGCAACCUUUUCUACCUUAGUCUCCACACGUUUGUAUUUCUAUGUGACCAAAGCCAAAAAGAUUAGCAAUAAAAGCUCUGAUGAAA